AUGUUUCCAAGCGAAAUUACUGUAGCUUCUCUUCAGUUUCAGCAGGUUUUCGAAUUUCCAGAUUCUGAAAAGGGCGAAACCAAACCCAAAGGAGCGGAGGGAAGACUUCUUGAAGUUUUAUCUCAAGCUCUGAAUUUCAAAUACAAGUUGGUGACCUCUCCUGAUAAGCAGUGGGGACACCAUUUGGGAAACGGGACAUGGAGUGGACUGAUUGGUGUCGUCAUGAGGGAGGAAGCUGAUAUGGCUAUAUGUUUCUUUGGCACGAGUGAAGAAAGAAAGCAGUUUAUAGAUUUCUCUGAGCCAUAUUCUAUUAAUGAAUUGACUUUUGCUACAAAUUUUCCAAAAUUACUACCCACUGCGUACGCGUAUAUGUAUCCGUUUGAUUUAAUCACCUGGUUGGGCAUUUUAGUCGUUUUAUUUACUAUGCCCAUCAUUUUUCGCGUGUUAAAUGUAACAAAGUUGCCUUACUCAUAUCUCUUGCUGAAAGUAUUCGGGGCCAUUGUUUUGCAACCAAUAAAUGAGAAAAAAUUUCGUGGUUUGCUUUUAUUAAGUUGUUUGUGGUACUUCGCCUCUUGGAUAUCGGCUGGAUAUGCCGCUGUUUUGGCUUCGUUUCUUUCAGUACCACUGUAUGAUACUUAUGUGAAGGAUUUCAAACAUUUAUCCAAAGUUGUGCAGAGAGGAGAGUACAAAGUUCUUACUCCAAAAGGAACAGCAAUAAUACCAGCCAUGCAGAAUACUGGAAAAGAUUACUUGAUUUAUAUCGCAGAUAUGAUUGAUAAGAAUGAUUGGUAUGUUCUCUCAGAUAAGUAUAUGGACGAGGACAAUUUUUAUGGUAAAACUGCCGUCUUAGGAGUGCAGCUCAUGCUCAAUUUUAAAUUCGGAAAAGCUCCAUUGGCGACCAAAUACAUUUCUAACGAUAUGGCUUUGGUUUUACCAGUGGCGAUGGUUGUGAACAAGAAUUUCUGUUGCAAGAAUGAACUCAACAAGAUUAUUAAAAGAAUUAAUGGAGCCGGAUUGUAUAAACGGAUCACUGAUGAUGAACUUUACAAAGCUUGGUUCCGGGCACAGAAAGAAAGUUUAGAACAGGAGGGGUAUCAUUCGCUCUCCUUGAAUGAUAUUUCUGGUAGCUUAUUUCUUCUUGGUAUAGGCUAUGGUUUAUCUAUGGGGCAUUGGGACAAAUAG